AAGAUGGGCGACACUGAGGAUGCUAACGUCGUUAGUAACAUGGAUUGAGAGGACGGGGAACCGAGUCGUCUUGCGGCAAAUGACAUCAAUCGUGUUUCCAAGUGUAGAUGCGUCUAAGCUACCAGGAUAGAACACCACCACCCAUCUGGAUAUCCCUCUUCUGCGUUAACAUCAUGUGUAGUGUGCAGUGCCCCAGCGGUGGACUAGCCUGUGUACUAUGCUGUGGCUGCACUCCGGCCCGGGCCUCCUGAGUUGCGGCAGCAUCAUCAUCCCCUCGCCCCUCUGCCCACGACACGCCCGCCGCCCUAGUGUCCUUUCCCUCGCCGGCAUGUACGCUACCCGCCUGUACAGCUCAGGGGGUGGGGGAGGAGGAGGGGGAAAGCCAGGGCGCCGGCCGGGCCUGGCGGGUAGAGGGCUGCCCAUGCUGGAGAACCACCACCACCCUCUCCCUCCACACCACCACCCCCACCACGUGCACACUCCAACCCCCAGCUACCCGCCCCUCUACCAGGGGCGACCUGACCCUCACCGGGGGCCCCAUUUCCACAGUCACCACCACCAGCAGCACUACCACCCGCACCUGGCCCCCCCUCCUCCGCCUCCCCUCAUCCCCCUGUACGCCCAGCUACACCACCACGCCACUGUUGGUGCCGCUGGCAACAAGAAGAAGACGUGGAACUUCAUCCACGAGAAGAUGAGCUACGACACCUUCUUCACCAUGAAGCGGCUGAUAGAGCGCUCGCGUCGGGGCGACGAGGUGCUGCGCUGGGUGACGCAGAACCCGGGCAAGAUCUCGCACAACCACUACCCCAUCGCCCUGCAGAAGAUCGGCCAGCUACUACAGGCCGGGGCUGCAGGAGGGGGCGGUGGUGACUCGGAGGCAGCCCUGGUUCCCAGAGCCGGUGGAGGAGUGGAGAACGAAGGCAGACAGAUCCUGGAGCAUCAAGACUUCCAGACACUGUGCAACGCCAUCGUGAGCGACUGUGUCAAGUUCGACAACUUCAGCAUCGUCAACUGCCUGUACGCUGUGGCUGCACUAGGCCUUCCCAGCCACUCACAGGUGGUGCAGGUGCUGGAGGCAGAGUCACAGUCACGGCUGGACAAGUUCAACCAGAAGGACGUGUCCAUGGUGUUCAGCUCCAGCAUGAAGCUGCACCCCAGCAGCCAGCACCCCCUGACCGAGGCCUGCCUCGCAGGCUUGGAGAAGAACCUGGAGCGGGAGCGCCACCCGCAGACCCUCUUUCUGCUACUCUCCUACUACCGGCUCAAGUGGCACUCGCUGCAACCCACCGACACUACGACGGCCGGGAACGUCGCCAAUGUACGCCCCAACCCAGAGCAGCUUCUGGUCAACAGGAAGAUCCUGCGACUGGUCAAACACACACUGGCUAGCGUAAGUGGUGUGCGCGACCAGGAGAUGGCGCUGCUGGAUGAGAUGCUGGCUGUGUGUGCACGUGAAGCUGGCAACAAGAGCCUAGAGCUCAUCUUCAGCUCGCACCUCUUCUACCAGAACAGGCAGGAGAGGUUUGUGUGCAGCCUGGCUGAGGAACUGCCUGAAAAAGUGGACAGCAUAACCCCAUUCACCAUGGCCCUCAUUGCCAAAUACAUUGCCCGCCACCGGCUCAGAGAGAUUCGACUUCUUGACACCAUCGCUGAUUUUCUGGUCAAAAAGGGCGAAUACCUGGACAGCAAGGUUAUCCAGAAGCUGGUGUUCCCCUUCAGCCGGAUGAACUACCUGCCGUCCAACAAGGUCCAGUUCUUCUCCAAGCUGGAGGUGGUGCUGGAGCUUAAGGCCCUGAGCUCCCCGCUAGCCACCGUCAAUAUCCUUAUGUCCCUGUUCCAGCUGGGACAUUUUCCCGGCCUGGUGCUGCACAGGGUCUUCUCCACUGCCUUCAUCAGCAACGUCACCAACAGUCCUUAUGCUCUGAUCGUGCUUCGCUACUUGUCUCUGUUGGACGCAGCGGUUGAGCUGGAGUACCAGGACUACACCGGUCCACGGCUCCAGGACACGCACAAGGUGCUCAUGUUUGACCACGCGCUGACCGCUGAUGAGGUCAACCGCAAAUACAGCUACAAGGGUCUUGUUGCUGAAGCCCUCAGACAAUUGGUUGGAGAGCAUGGCUACAAGCAAGAUGAAAUCCUGGCCCCUGGGUAUUACACAGACUUCCUGCUGUGGAUUGAUGGCUCUGGCCGAGUUCUCCCUAUCCGGGCAGGGACCUCGCUAGGUAUGGCCCCAAAAACCCCAGAAGGAUCCGCGGCCGUGACAGCCCUCACUUCAGACUUUCAAAAGUUCUCCCCCUUCGCCCCACUAGAGGUAGGGGGGGACCAGCGACCCGUCGAGGGGGACGAUGCGGUGAACUUUCUGCCCUACCACAUGCAGCGAGGGGCAAACCCUUCCUCGGCCCAGAGGCCGGGCCCUAACGGCGGGGGCCCUCUGGACUACAACCCUUACUACACGUCGGCCGAUUACUACUUCAGCCUGGCCAAGGAGCACUCUUUGGAGAGCCAAGACAGCUCCACGCUCAGCAGCCCUCCCUCAGACAGCCUGGCACAUCCAGGGGCCUCCGGGGUAGGGGGAUCUGCCACGGCUGCCCCCAAUUCCCUCUUCCAAUUCUCCAUUGGGAAAAUCCUGGAGGACGAGGGAGGGGCGCAGGUGGGGCCGGCGAGUCAGGGGCUCAACUGCGAGCUUCCUGCAUUCUAUGAGGCAAACGGGGACGUGAAGCCCACCUCACCACUUCAACUGCACCCGGCUGAUCGAGCUGGGGACCAGCGGCAGCUCAAAAGAGUGGUUAUGUCGGUGAAUGACAAGUGGCACUACUGUCACAACUCUGAGGUGCUGGUGGGCUCCCGGGCCAUGAGAGACCGUCACCUGCUGCUCCUGGGAUACGUCAUCCUGCAGCUGCCGUAUCAUGAGCUGGAGAAGCUGAAUGGUAUAGAGGAGGUGAAGCAGUACCUCCACAAAAAGCUCCUGGAGGUCCCCUUAUGACAACUAAAGACUUGAGUGUGUGUGCGAGUGUAUGCCAUUUUGGCUGCUUGGAAUAGGACGGUUGUUGGUGGGAUUGGGAAAGGGGGCUUUGUUUGUGGUGAAAGACAAACCCUGGUCAAAGUCUAAAACAGACGAGUUUCUGGCAACUUGCGUUUAUCAAAAUGGCGUUAGCCUAUUUGCAACCAGUCACGUCCCCAGUUGAUGGCAUGUGUAGUAUCAGGUUGCCACGCUUGUUGUCAAUGCAAUCUUGUCAUUGUCACUUCACAACGGUUCAAAUCUAAUUGUUAUUGGUCGCGUACACAUCAUUUGUUAAUGUUAUCGCGAGUGUAGCAAAAUGCUUAUGUUCCUAGCUUCAAUAGUACAGUAAUGCCUAAAAAUAUAAAAACAAUACACGCAAAUCUAAAAGAAAGGAAUUAAUAAAUAAAUAAAUAUUAGAACGAGCAAUGUCAGUCCGAAACAAAACAAAAAUAACCCAUAUAUACAAAAGUAUGUGGACACAAUGAG